AUAAGUUAGAGGGGGAUGCUCAGAGGUGGUGGAGAGGAGUGAAGACUAUCAGGGGUGAUGCAUUUGUUGAGGCAUUGACUUGGCAGGGGUUCACAGAUUUGUUUUAUGAGCAGUACUUCUCAAAGGCAGAGAAGGAUGGUUAUAUGAGAGAGUUUAAUUCUAUUGAGCAGAAGCAUGAUGAGAGUAUCACUGAGUAUCUUGCGAGAUUUAUCAGGUUGGCAGGAUUUGCUGGGACUUCUGCAGGGACUGCAGCACAGCAGGCAGAAAAAUUUAAAUGGGGGCUGAAGUCGUCUCUUAGGAUGUCUAUCAUUUCUUCCAGAUUUCAGAAUGUAGCAGAGGUGGCUGAUGCAGCCAAGGAUGUUGAGAAGGAGCGUAUAGACUUCCGGACUAACAGAUCUGACAGUGGUCGUAAGAGGGGUAGAGAUGAUCAGCUAGUCACAGCACAGGGUAGACAGGGGUAUGGUGGUCAGAACAGUCGGUAUGGACAGUGGCGUGGACAGAACCAGAAUAGGGGAGGUCAUACGGCUCAUGGGCAGAGGCAGAAUCAGUAUAGUGGUCAGGGGCAGGCUCAGCAGGGGCAGACUCAGCAGUUUCAGCAGCAGCCUAGACAGUGGCAGAAUCGUCAAAGGGGACAGGGACGUUAUCCAGCGUAUGGGGGUAACCCCAAUAUGAUUCCGGUGGCUCCUUGUGCUACAUGUGGUAGACACCAUCCGGGCAGAGCUUGUUAUAAACAGACUGGGGUAUGUUUCUCGUGUGGUUCGAUGGAUCAUAGGUUAAAGGACUGUCCACGUAAUAAUGGUGAUGGAGGUAGUGGCAGUGGAGGUCAGCCGAAUCAGCAGAAUCAGCAGAAUCCUACAGGCAGAGUCUUCGCAUUGACUUCUUCUCAGGCAGCAACUAAUCCAGGUUCGGAGUCGGGAGUUUAGCGAAUUUUUUGCGGAAUCUCGUGAGUGUUCGAUUAGCUA